AUGGCCCUCGCCUCUCUCGCUUUGCAAGUGGCCCUCGGAGAACUUACAGGGCCCCGCGGGCAGCCGGGUCCCCGGCCGGCGCCGCCCCCGGCGCAGACGCCGCCCGCCGCCGAGACGACCUGGGCGCAGCUGACCCAGGGGGGAGGGGAGAGGAGGGGACAGCGGCGGGGAAGGACCGCGGCUGCGAGGGGGGAAGCCCGCGGAGCCCAACUCCGGCUGACGAGGCGGCGGCGGCGGCGGUGGCGACGGGGAGCCCGGCGCCUGCGAGCGGCGACACCAGUGGCGGCAGCGGCAGCUCACCGCGAGGCUGCCUCCGCUGCGAGCCCGGACGAGCAGGUGCCCCUCACGCUGAGGCUGAGCACACGCACACGCACACGCAAGUCAGGCAGGGCGCCGGCGAGAGGGGGAGCCGCGCGGGGUUGGGCCCGAGGCGCGCAGCUGCCGCCGCCUCUGCCGCUGCCGCCGCGCUCACUGCCGCUGUCUCCGCUGCUGCAGCCGCGCCGCCGCCUCCGACGGGGGGCGUGUGUUCUCGGGGGCAGCCCGGGGGGUGGCGACCGGACGCCCGGCAGGAGGUGCACAACUUGCUGCUCACCUCAAAGUUGUCGCUUCCCACUUCCUUGUGUCUGCACCUAUUUUCCACCUCAAGCUGCUUUUGCCCCGACUGUUCCCUCCGCCCGGAUCUGCGUUUCUCCCUCCCGGUUCUCUGGGAACCUGGCUCGGCGCGAUGCUGGGGGCGUUGUCGCCGGCAAAGCCACAGUCAAUCUUUACUGCCAUUUGAACGCACAGCGCCUCUCUCGCCGUCUCCAAGGAAGGGAGGCUCGUCUGGAAGGCUCCAUACUACGCGGCAGAGACUCCUGCCUGACUCUUGCUCAAGUUGUUGACUGAGGCUGGGAGUCAGA